AUGCAUUGUUCCGCCGCCUCGCAUCUUCACAGCGCGCGCCGCUCUCCGCGCCCGCAGCGGCCGACCGGGGAUGACCGCGGCCCGGAGGACGCCGCGCCCGCCCGAGGGGACCCGGACGCGCUUCACCGGCUCGCUGCAGGCGUUUUCAUUUUAAUUUUUUUUUUUUCUCAUGGCCUUUUCCUCUUGCUUCCCUCCUUUCCUCUCGGUGCCACUCGAGUCGAAGAGAGCCACCCAAUAAGCAAGAAAAGUGGGCUCCGGAGCGUGGAGCCCCCGCUUGCCCGCGGGGUCGGUCCGGGGCAGCUGCCCGGGGGGGCGGGCCGCCCGCCCGGUGCACCGCACCUUCCUGACUUUUUCUGGCUGCAAUUUGGGGAGGAUUGGGGUCUCCCCUCCGCCCCCCUUUUCUCAUAA